AUGUCCCGGGACAGGGCGGUCCAGCUGGCCCCCACUUCCCUAGCCUUGGUCCUCUGUAAACUGGAUGGCACGGGGGAAGGGGAGAAGGGCAGCCAGGUUUUCCAGGACUUCCAGGCUGCCAACGCGAAGUGCUUCUGGAACAGGAGGCUGGUGCGUGCCGUGUCUGAGGUGUCCUUCCAGGGCUGGCUGGAGAGCUGGGUGCUGCUGGUCCAGGGCCAGAGUGCCAACCUGGAGGUGCUGAGAGAUGCCUGGGUCAGGAGAGCCCUCAGACCCCCCAGGGGUUUCAUCAUCACUGCAUUGGGUGAUGUCUCUCCAGUACAGAUGAGCCCCGUGUCUCAGUCUCAGUUCAUCCCUCUGGCAGAAGUCUUAUGCUGUGCAAUAUCUGAUAUGAACGCCGCACAGAUUCUAGUAACUCAAGAAUCCCUCAUGGAGCAGCUGGUAAAACAUUACCCAGGUAUUGCAACACCAUCCCAGGAAAUUCUCUAUUCCACUCUUGGUACUCUAAUCAAAGACAGGAAAAUCUUUCACACUGGAGAAGGCUAUUUCAUUGUAACUCCGCAGACAUACUUCAUCACUAAAAAGCCAUUUUCACACAAGUGUGGUGCAGCCGAAGAGAUAUCCGCCUCACCACCGACCGUUACGUAUCUUGUAAGCAUGGAAAGUUGUGCCGACUUAACUAAAGUUAACAUCCCCUCUGUGUCCCACUGCCGUUCAUGCAGCUGCUUCUCUGAAAACUCCACCCAGAACAUACUAGGACAGCAGUCAAUCAACGAGAGCAAUGCAAAAGAACAUAAAAGUGUCAAGGAUGCAAAAACAUCUGUUCAAAACCAAGCUACCUCAACUUCCCGAGACGAUCAUGCCUGUGCGAAGACCAAGCCACAACUCUCAAUAAAGGAAAAAGAAAAGUGCAGUAAGAAAUUUGGCAUCAGUCUGUUUUGGAGAAACGUUUCUAAAAAGGAGAAAUCUAAAAAAGAACUGGCGACUUUCUCUGCACAGUUUCCACCAGAAGAAUGGCCAGUGAGGGAUGAAGAUAACUUGGAUAAUAUCCCACGUGAUCUAGAACAUGAAAUCAUUAAGCGUAUUAACCCAGUUCUUACUGUGGACAACUUGAUGAAACAUACAAUGCUGAUGCAGAAAAUUGAAGAACAGAAAAAGUACUUUAGUAAAGGGACCUCGACCGAUAUCCGAACCAAAAACGGACAUAAUGGUAAGAGCAGCAAUAAGAAGAAAAAUGGUAGGAUGUCAAAGUACCAUAAAAAAGUUCAGGCUAGUAAAGAAAAGGCAAAAAAGGACAGUGGUGUCCAAAGGUCAGAUGUUCAUGUGGAUGCAGAUGUGAAGAAGUCCUUUCAACAGACCAGUGGAAUGGAUGACAUACUGGUUCCAGAUGCCUUCCCUCCAUCUAAUGCAGAUGUUGAAAAACAUGAAGUCCUCCAUAAAAAGCCAAUUCAAAACCCUUUUCAGGGCAUUUCCUAUAGGGAAACCACUAACAUCACUGGACACAAAUCUGUAAAAGACAUGAAAAGGACUAACUCUGGAAAAACCAGAAAAAGUAUGUCAAGGUCAAAGUCGUUGGACUGCCCAGGGUCAAAUGCUGAGGCUGGAACAAGACAUUUUAGAUGUGAUCGGCCUGUAAAUGAUUAUUAUAACGAGGAGCUGUUCCAGGAUCAGAUGGUACCUGUUAAUGAUAAAGAUGGUUUGACAGAAUAUCCUCCUAAUUACCCACAAUGCAGUACUCUAAGGAUAGAUGACAAGUUUAAACAAAAUAAAGAGCAGACUUCUCUACUAGCAUUGUCUGGUGAGGACGGGUCUCCUCUUUUUGGAGACAAUCAAACUAAUAUGGUUUUACAAGCAGAUGUGACGUGGGAAAACGAAAGAGGAAAGUGUUUUUCUUCGUCAGGUCUUUAUUGUGGUAAGAUGAGCACGGUGCAUGGACCUUUACAGCACAGCCAAACCAAUUUUUGUAGAAACAAUAAUACUUCAAAGAGUUUAGCGCGACCAUACAUUGGUUCAUUAGAGGAAGCAGAAUGUGAACAAAGUGGCUGUUAUACAGCCAGUGGAGUGAACAUUAAAGAUUUACCAAAAUAUUCAGCACACCGAUCUCAAAGAGAAGAUCUUGAAAAUGGCCAGGGCCGUUACAAAAAUGUCAUGGACAAUGAGGAUGCUUCUUGCUCUUACUCUAUUGAAGAAGACACCGAUGAACAUCUUGGCAUAUGUCCGAAUCUUGAAAUUCGCAUACAGAAUAUGAGUAUGAACAUGCUUAACUGGAGUAAUGUACGUGACGAAAGCCAUAGUGCAUCUGAAACUUCCGCAAGCCACUGGGAGCCGAAGAGAUCCACGGGACAUCAGUUUGUAUCUUCUGGUAACCAACACCAAGACGACUGCACUCAUUCUGUGUCAUCUUCCAGCUGUUAUACUAAACCUGCUCUGCACAUAAAAGAAAGCACCAACCAGCCAUUGUCACACUUUCUUCUCAACCAUCCCGAGCUGGAGGAUGAUACUGUGGAGUCUAUUCCGCUUCCAGAGCUGGUGGAUGGCAGCAUAUUUGACUAUUGCAAUUCCAGUGACUGCAAUUCUAUGGCAGAAACUGUACAGACAUCCAUUAAAGGAAGUGAUGAGAAAUGCAUAGAGGGCCCAGAACAGGCACCCGCAGAAAUGCGAGCAUGCUAUGAGCAUACAUUGAAGCUAUUCAAUACAAAGAGUAGCCCACUGGAAUCCAACCCUAAUGAGAAUCAUAGCAUUACAGGAGACAGUGGAAUUGAAUCGCCACGAACUCGGAUUAGUCUUGCAUCGAGCAAUUCUAUGAUUUUGGAAACUUUGAAGAGAAGGACAUUUCUACAGAAUCUGGAAAUAAACGUCGGUAACAAAAAUGAUGGACUGCUUACUGCCAGCUCUCUAAUGCAGCUGACCCCAGCUAUGAAUGUAUAG